CCGGGGCUGGGGCUGUCUCGGGCCGCCGGGAGGGCAGGAGGGCGGCCCGGCCUUCCGCGGCCACCCCGAUGGGUCUCAGAGCUGCCGCGGGCGCUAAUGCCGUCCCUCGGAGCUGCCCCCGUCAUGUACCGUGGGCUGCAUUUCGUUUUAAAGGACACCCUGGAAAAAAGAGGAGCUCUUGCCGAAAUCAAGGCGAGGAUCAGAGCUGAGGUGUUCAACGCCCUGGACGACCAAAGCGAGCCGCGGCCGACGCUGUCCCGGGAGAACCUCCUGAUCAAUGAGCUCGUUCGGGAGUACCUGGAGUACAACAAAUAUAAAUACACGGCAUCUGUUCUGAUUGCAGAAUCCGGUCAGCCUGAAGUGCCCUUGGAUAGACAAUUUCUUGCCAAAGAGCUGAAUAUAGUUGAAGAUGCAAGUGGAAAAUCAGUCAGACCUCUCCUGUAUGGAAUUCUCACUCAUUUCUUAUGUGCUGGUAAAGAAGAAAGUGCCCAGAAUAUCCCUCCUAAAGUGUCUUUGCUGACUUAUCCAAAGCAGAACCUUGGCAAAGCACCUGCUGAGAGAAAUCAAAAAGACAGAAUUCCAGAACCAGGAAGGAUGGAUGGCACAAACAUCGAAGAGCCUCUUAUUUUACAAAGUAAAAAGAGAUGAUAACUUUAAUUUUCUAAUUUCUCAUUUCAAGGUCUGUCAGAUUUAAUUUAGGACAUUCCUUCAUUGCAUAAAUUUCUCCAAUAAAUCCAGUGGGACCAUUUUAGCUUUUAACAUCUACUCACAAGACAGGAUGACAACGUCAUACUUGUUGUCAAUUUAAAAAGUGUUAGGAAAGCUCUCUUUCCCCAGUGCUGAUAGAAAGAAAACUGUAUAGGGACUCACAUUAAUGAAUCCUGUGGUUAGAAUUGCACCUGAAUGUAUUUGGUUUAUCCAAUAAAUUUUUAUAUAAUAACUUAUAAUUUCUGCACUUAUAUCUUUGUGUGUUUUACCUGUGUUUCUGAAUAAAAUUUUUCACGUUUUUUUUUUCUGUG